GUUUAAAGAGUUCGCCCAGGGAAAUGUAUACGACCUAGUGAAUUAUUAUUGAUUAUGACCUUUAUGUACAGAGAAAAGUAUUUACUAAAAGAACUUCAGGAGCUAUGCAACUAAACAUCGUCUGUUUGCCUGAUCACAGUUUUGAAAUUUGCUUCAUAUAUUCAAGUGUUUGAAAAGAAUGUGUUAUUUUGGACAAGAAAUACUGCGGUGUUCUUUCAGUCGACAUUUGUCAAGGCGGAUAUUCUUAUGUAGUUUGAGCUUAUUUUUCUUCUUGAUACUGUUAGAGCUUUAUCUAAAUUUUGAGCUGUAUGGAUUCGCCUGGAACGAAUAUAUAUGAUUAUUGCCUAAUCUCGCGCUUCUUUCGCAAAUAAGUUGUGUUUGCGUGUCGGCUAAACGUUUUUGGACGCAGAUAUAGUCACGAAUUGCGGCCAUUGGUUAUGCGGCUUCUUCAGUAAUUUUCACAAUAAACUGCGAAAUCAUAAAGAUGAAGUCUGCCAAGUCCAAAUCUCGGCUUCAGUGGUUCGAACUGCCUCCUCCUCGUAAAGUUCGUGGAUGGGCCCAUUUGUCCAACAAGUCGAAGCAGCGCCUUAUAUCUUUACUGCACAGUAGGGUACCCGUAGACCAGAUUCCUACUGUACUUCAGGAUGAAAUCAAAGAGGAUCCGGAGCGAAUUCGGAGAUAUCUAUGGAGUGUACAAUCACGUCUGAAGAACCAACGGAAGUCUCGCCGAGACCCCAGAUAUGCCCCAGCAGAUAUUGUAGCCCUCAUGCGAUGGUCCAUGGUGAUCUCGAAAGAGCAACGGCGAAAGAAUAUUUCACAUCCUCCGAAUAGUGCGCCUCUCGUUCGAGCAUUCAUUAACAAAGCUGAUCAGAUCAGUAACGGGAACAGUAACAUUUGGACGGAUGAAAAUGAAAAAGGGUCAACGACUGGAAUGCCGUCUAGCGGCGGGCCCAGCACCAGCCACGCUGGAAAUACGCGGCAGAACGCGAUGAAUUUUACGCUAGCCAAUAUGUAUAGAUACAUGGUUCAAGCGACUGAAGAUUAUGAACCGCCACGCACUGAAUUAAUGGCCGCCCUUUUGCGAUUCUUCACUGAACGACUCUUGAUGAGAUUGGACGUGGCAAAAAAUCGACCGGACGGCGACUGUAUUGAUGAGUUGAUACGAUUGUUGGCCAACAAAGGUGAAACUAUUGCCAACCUCCAAAUUCGCGCCAGUGAUCGCGUAUAUUGGUCAGGUCAGGGUCGACCUCCUCCAGGAUGGGACCCUAAAGCCUAUACAGAUGCCAUCUACAAUCCACCAAGUGAUACUGCGAACCUCGAUAACCCAAGCACCGCUAGCGGGCAAGGAGCAGAGGCAGUUGACGGUACCUCAUUUUCGGGCGAAAACUCAAUAGCACCGAUCGGUGGACUGCUCAGUCGAGCUGCGGCAGUAUCAAACCUUCUGCAGAUUCCACUAACAUUGCUCAAAAAGGUAGCAGAGGUACUCACUGCCUCCGUACCGCCUCCGAAAGCAUACGUUGGUCGAACACAGGAAAAAAACGCCCCGCAGCAGCAGCAAGAGUCCAAUAUCCAUGUCGAGACGGAGCCGACAGCGCAGGCGACACUACAAGGAUGCAGCGAUUCGGCACGAAUAGAUCAGGUGAUGGAACUUGUAGCAGAGUACCAACACGGCAAAGACGAGCCUGAAGAGUUACGGACACAGGACGCAAAACUGCAGCAAUAUUUGAACCAUAGUGAGAGCGAAGAUGAUACUGGUGAGGUAGUUCUAGUGAGGAUUGAGUAAAGUCCUUCCAAAAGCGUCAACUUAAACGUAUUCAACUACGAUGGUUCGUUGUUAGAGUUAGAUUCGACGAGCGCUUCGAAGCUGUGUAGAAAUCAGAAAUUGUAUGUACAUUAUAAGAGUAAAGAUAAAAGACAAUUAUUCUUCCUCCGAAAUAAAAGGACGACGAAUCCAAUAUACUUGUGUUUAUAGUGAACAGCAAUGUAACAAGACAAGCCAGAACCGAAUUGGCAAUUAGUAUGCAAGUCUGCUUUCCAUACUCUAGGUACUGAACAGUGAGAGAGUUUUAACAACGAAAGCUUCUUGAACGUGUAAAUAUAUAGCCAUGCUGAUAUUAUAAAUAAGUUGAAGAAAAACCAACAU